AAGAUCCCUUGAAAGAUAUUUUAAGUUCAAUCACAGGAAUGUCAGAAUCUUCUAAAUAAAUACAGAAAUAUGAACCUGGAACUAGUAACUCGAAUUAUCCGAGAUGGUGGACCAUGGGAAGAUCCUGUAUUACAAGCAAUUCUUAAAGCAAAGCCUGUAUCACAGGAAUUAGUUAACAAAUAUUUAAGCUCUGAAAAUCCACUGUUCUUUGAACUACGUGCCAGAUACCUUAUUGCCUGUGAACGCAUCCCUGAGGCAAUGGCUCUUAUCAAAUCUUGCAUAAAUCAUCCAGAUAUCAGUAAAGAUCUGUAUUUCCAUCAAGCUCUUUUCACCUGUCUUUAUAUGUCACCAUUAGAAGAUCAGCUAUUCCAGGAGCACUUGUUGAGGACUGAUUGCAAGAGUGGAAUUGAGAUCAUCUGCAACACUGAAAAAGAAGGGAAGACUACCUUAGCCUUACAGCUAUGUGAAUCGUUCCUAGUCCCACAGCUCCAAAAUGGGGACAUGUAUUGUAUAUGGGACCUGAUCUUCAUUUGGAGUAAAUUGCAGCUUAAAUCUAACCCAUCAAAACAAGUAUUCGUUGACCAAUGCUACCAGCUUUUAAGAAUUGCCACAAAUAUCAGAGUAAUUUUCCCUUUCAUGAAAGUCAUUAAGGACGAAGUUGGUGAAGAUGGUCUUCAGAUAUGUGUUGAGAUAUGUGGAUGUGCCCUACAACUGGACCUCCGUGAAGAUCCCCACAUGAAAAGUCUCAUAUAUAAAACGAUAGCUCAUUUUUUGCCAAAUGACCUGGAGAUCCUCAGAAUUUGUGCACUUUCAAUCUUUUUUCUUGAGCGCACUCUGGAAUCAUACUACACUGUUGAACAUUUGUAUAAAUGUGCAGAUGAAGAAUACAAUGAGUGCACUAGUUCAGUUCAAAACCGUGUACGUUUUGAAUUGCUUCCCAUUUUAAAAAAAGGUCUGUUUUUUGAUCCUGAAUUUUGGAAUUUCUUGAUGAUCAAGCAGAAUUGUUUAGCAUUAUUGGGGGAUAAAGCCUUUGUUGGCUUAAGUGAAAGUACACUGGAAAACUCUACUACAAAUACGGAGAAGAUGACAGAGUAUAGGGCUUUAAGUGAAGAAAAUGUUGGCUUAGCAGAUGUAAGUAAUGGGGAGCUUGACACUGAAGACUUGUCUGAAUCCCAAUCCAAAGGUAAUGCCAAGAACCACCAUGCAGCUCUUGAAGCAUCUAAAGUGUUAGAUCAUACAGUACCGAAGCACCGCUGUGUGAUAUGCAACAAGGAAUUUCUUGGUGGUCACAUUGUGAGACAUGCACAAGCUCACCAGAAAAAGGGCAGUUUUUCCUGUGUACUUUGCAGCAGAAAGUUCAGACAACGAGGACUUAUGCUGAAGCACUUAAAAAAUCAUGUCAGGAAGAUAGAAAGACAACAUCUUGCUGCAGUUCGUGAGGACAGACAGGAGACUCCAGUCCUUAAUGAACAAGAAUGUUCUGAGGUUUCAAUCUCUCUUGAAAAUGGGAAUUCUGAUGGUUCUAAAGAUAAAGAACCAGUGGUUGCAAUAGUUCCAAGUGCUAAUAUGGAAGAAGAGAAUACCAAACAGAUACUUGACGUGGUAGAAAAUCAUGCAAGUGACCAGGAUGAUGCUACUGAGAACAGCAGUUGUGAUAGCUGUUUGAAUAACAUCCCUGAUGCUUUAAAUAUAGAAGGCUUGCCAGAAGAUGAUGAAAGCUCCAGUAAAGAGUCAGCAGUCCUCCAUAAAGUGAAUGGAGCUCUGUGCCCUCAGAAAGACGUGGACGCCAUGGAUGAAGAAGGAAGCUUCAAGUGCCCUGCUAAUGGUUGUGCUAGGGUGUUUAAAAAGAUACGAUUCCUCAAUAAACAUGCAAGAAAAGCUCAUCCAACUGAUUUGAAGGUGCAGCAACACAUAAUGAAAUGGAAUAAAGGAAAAUGUCGCUUCUGUCAGAGAAAAUUUGCUGAUUCCCAACACUUUAUAGACCACCUGAAGAGACAUGUGUAUCCAAAUGUUUACUUUUGUUUACACUUUAAUUGUAAUCAGAGAUUUAAGCUGUCAACCGAGCUGGCAGAACAUACAAAAAGUCAUAGUGUUUUGAAAGCUCAGUGCAAUUUUGCAGAGUGUUGUGAGCUAUUUGAAGAGCUCCCUUUACUAUAUGAACAUGAGGCUCAGCAUUACUUAAAUAAAACACCAGAAGGUUCAGAAGAUGCAAGUGAAAAAGAUUCUUCAGAUGAUUCUUCAGAACCUCUUUGCAGCUACCAAGAAAGUGAUGCAUCUAUUAAUGAAACAGAAACUGUAGACUUACCAAUUCCAACUUGGAAGUCAAGGAAGGAUUCUACAGAACCAAAGACUUACAUUCAAAGUGUUGAGAAGAAAGCAAAUAACGUAAUGCAGAAUGGAAAUGAAAGCUCAUCUGAAAGUAGUGCUACAGUUUUAAACUCAAUAGACCAAAAGACACCCAUGUUACAGCCAAAUUCUGAAAACUGUAGUGUUGUUAGUGACCAACUAGUCAAUGGGCACAAUAACCUGGAGCAAACAUCAUCAAAGUCAUCAGAUACAAUUUUAGACAGAGUGGCAGAUGAAAAAAGGACAGAAAACGGGUCAGUGUUACCAGUUUUACAGAAUUGCCACGAUACACCCCAGAACACUGCUGCUGCCUCGCAGUUACCUUCUAAACCAAAUCAGACAACAGAGAAUACUUCUUAUGGUGUCAUCUUAACAAAACCUUACGUUAGACCGUUGCCUCCAAGUUAUCUUGACGAACGUUACAUUAGCAUGCCAAAACGUAGAAAAAUGUUGACUGAUAAAGUAGAUGCUCAUUCUGAGCAAGAUAAAUUUAGUAGCAAAUCAACAGAAAGAUUUAGAUGUGGCAACUGCUUGACCAUCUACUGUAACUCGGAAGCACUUGAGGCUCACCUUGCACAAAAGAAAUGUCAGACGCUCUUUGGAUUCGAUUCAGAUGAUGAAAGUGCCUGAUUACAUGUUAUGGGAAAAUGUCCAAUGAAGAGUGGUGUAAGCAAACACUACAUGAAGAAGCAUCAGUUUAUUUCCCAGUUGGCCUUAAUGAUGAAGCAGUCCCAAAUUACUCAAGCGAAACAUGACCUUGAUGAAGACAAAGCACAUUUUCUAGAUAGAACUCACAGAGGAAUAAUAGGACCUGUGCAGGUUUUGAGUCCAGAAAGGUUGCUACAAAAUCCCCAAAGUACCAGUAAUCCAAAAAGCCACGUAAAUUUCAAGUGUGUGAUUGAAGCUUAGCGGCACAGUCUUUCUAACAUGAAAGUUUAAAGAAAAUAAUGCAUUCAGUUGAGCAGACAGAGCAGACAUGGUAAUUGCCUUAGAGAAAGAAA